AAUCUGGACCGCAUCGCCCUCAUCUGCCUCGCCGUUCAGCAUGCCUCCUCCUCGUGGGGAUAUCGAUGCGCGGAAUUUGCGUUUCCACUCUACUUUGUCGCCCUCUUUCCAGCGACACUUCUGCCCGCAUCCAUCUAUGGCCUGCUCUUGCUCCUCGCUAGCCUGUUUCUGUCGCCCCUCCUCGGCUCAUGGAUCGACGCUACGAAGCACCGACGCCUGACCGUCGUUCGCACGUUGAUCGUGGCGCAGAAGACAACAGUCGCAAUCAGCUACGCCGGAUUCAUCUCCCUGCUCAUGACCGGAUCAGACUCGAUUGUCUCUCACACUCGAUGGGGCAGCUUCGCAGCGCUCACGGCAUGCGGCGCUCUUGUCGUGCUCAGCAACACCGGUCUGACUGUAGCAAUUGAGCGUGACUGGGUAUCAACGAUUGCCGAAGGCCAUCCACCGCACCUGACGCGCUUGAAUACGAUCAUUCGACGCAUCGACCUACUGAGCAAGCUGUUAGCGCCGCUCUUCGUCUCUCUAUUGACAUCUACGGCGGGCGAUGGCAUCUCUGCGGUCGUGCUCCUGGCCACAAAUGGGAUGACUCUCGUUUUCGAGCUCAUUUGGAUCGGUGUCGUGUAUCAGCGCUUCGCAGAGCGACUAAGCUACCCAGCCCCAGACGCCAAUGGCAAUCACAUGCGCUUUGGUGGUCGCACUCCUCUUGCCUCUUUGCGCCAAUGCUGGCCAAGCUUCAAGAACAAAACACGCACCUUCCUCGCCCUCCCUACGCUCCCAACCACAAUUGCCCUCGCUCUGCUGUACACGAGCGUGCUCAGCUUCGACAGCACCUUCUUGACGUACCUCAAGCAGCCUCAUGCCGCAGCGAGCGGGAUCGUGGCCAAGACCAAUGGGAUUAUCAUUGCGCAUUCCGGCGGCUCCACCAUAUCGUACACUGACGCCUUCAUUUCUGGCAUGAGAGGCCUCUGCGUUGUCAUGGGGCUAGCUGGCACCUUCAUCAUGCCAUGCCUAGAGCGUCGCAUCGGCCUGAUCCGCACGGGCUCGUGGUCGCUGGCGCAAGAGACCCUUUCCCUUGUCCCGACUGUAACUUGUCUCUACAUCGGCGUUGGCCUUGGAUGGAAUACAGCGCUACUCUUCACUGGACUCGCCCUGUCCCGCAUCGGCUUAUGGUCGUACGACCUCACGCAGCUGUCCAUCCUUCAAAACUCGCUCUAUGGCAAUGCAAAUGCCAACUUCCACUUUGCCAUGCAGCAGAGUCUGAUCAAUCUCUUCGACUUGAGUCACUUUGUCCUCACACUCGUAUGGAGCAAGCCUGACGACUUCAGGAAGCCGGCAACCGUAUCGCUCGGGCUGCUGGGAGCUGCUUGGUUUGUCUACAUUCUUGGAUAUGCACGCAAGCAGCGCGGUCAUCUACUGCACCUCGAGGGGUGGCAGAGAUUACUGCCGGGAAAGGAGAGA